CUUCCUUUUUUCCACCAUGGGUUUACAGAACAAGCCCAUCAUCAUUGAUGCCAGGGGCCAUUUAUUGGGCCGACUGGCAGCCUUGGUUGCGAAGACCAUUCUGCAAGGACAAAGAGUUGUUGUUGUGAGAUGUGAAGGUAUCAACAUCUCUGGAAACUUCUACAGGAACAAGCUGAAGGUAUUGAAAUACCUGAGGUUGAGGUGCAAUGUGAAGCCAACAAGAGGACCUUACCAUUUUAGGGCUCCCAGUAAAAUGUUCUACAAGGCAGUGAAAGGUAUGUUGCCCCACAAACUUGCAAGAGGAAAGGAGGCUCUCGGCAGACUGAAGGUGUUUGAGGGUAUCCCUGCUCCAUAUGACAAACAAAAGAGGAUGGUUGUUCCUUCUGCCCUUAAAGUCCUGAGGAUCAAUCCAUGCAGAAAGUUCUGCGACUUGAAUCGUCUGGCACAUGAAGUUGGAUGGAAGUAUCAGUCAGUGAUUGCUACCCUGGAAGCCAGGAGAAAGGUCAAAUCAAAGCAGUUCUACGAGAAAAAGAAGGAAACUGCUGUGCUGAGAGCCAAGGCUAGGAAGAAUGUGGCAUCCAAAAUAGCACCAUACCAGAAAGUGAUUGAGGCCUAUGGUUUCAGUUAAGCAGUGCAUUAUACAUUAAUAAAGCCUGUGGACAGUGA